UUUUACAUUAUUGAAAAAAAGUGAGAUGACGGCAUCAUCUGAUGGUUCUAUAAAUACUCCCUGAACUGGAGUUGCUCCAUCCCAACAAAUCACAAGCUUAAUUACAAACAUUGCAGCCUGACCAGUUAGCCUCUGAAAAUUUCGUCACAAACUAAUUAAGUUUCCCCUUCACUCCAGCCAAUACACAAGUAGAUCAAACCCAAGGGCCAUCACAGCCAUCGAUUCCAUCACUCCGAGAAUAUAUAGACCGCAUAUCCCUUCUCGCUAGCUUGCUUAACCCUCCAACCUAACAAGCAACCAAACCCAUUUUUACUUAUCAUAUUUGGUAUACUAGCCAAGUAAGUCUUCCCUCCUCCAGCUCGUCGCCUUCUUCUCCAGCUUAAUUUCUCCGAUCGAAAUGGCGUCCCCAUCGGCGGCGGCGACGGCUAGGAAGCUCGGUAGUCAUCUGCCGAGGCUGCGGGACAUCAUCGACCACGACGACGAGGACGAUGACUUCGUCGAGGAGGAGGAAGAGGAGGAGGAGGAGUGGGAGGACAUGAGCAAGCGGAUGUCUCGCUUGUCCGUCGAGGGCUCCGACGGCGGUGACGCCGACGACGAGGACGACGGGUACCUGCGCGGCGAGGAGGAGGAGGAGGAGGAGGAUGGGGACGAGGUGAGAUCGGAUGUCAACGGUGAGUAUGGGGACGGCGGCGGCGGCGGAGGCCAGUGGCAUCCGUACGGCGACGACGACCCAAGAAACCCGCAGGCCCCGUCGUCGGCGUCGCUCCCGGGCACGCCGGACCGCGGGGCGCCGGCGCCGUCGCCGUGGAUGUACUCGAAGGAGUACGCGAGCGAGACGGAGGCGGCGCGGUGGCCGGGCGGCGACAAGCGGCGGAUGCGCCACCGGCGGGAGCGGAUGAUGCGGGAGGUGUGGCUGGACCGGGCUUGGCAGAUGCGGAAGCAGCGGCGGCAGAUGCUGAUGCAGGGCCAGGGCCUGGGCGCCGACGCGGUGACGGUGGUGGUGAGCGCCGCCGCCGCCGGCGGCGAGUCCCCGGCGCGUGGCGUGGCGAUGGACAUGGAGGAGAUGCGCGCGUGCAGGGACCUCGGCCUCGACCUCCCCUGCGACUGGACCGUGGAGAUCCCCUGCUACGCGCUCUCCGGCGUCGACACCGCCAGCAGCGGCGGCAACUCGCCGGCGUCCGGCAGCUGGCGCAUCUCCAGCCCCGGUGACGACCCCAAGGACGUGAAGGCGAGGCUCAAGGUGUGGGCGCAGGCGGUGGCGCUCGCGUCGGCCUCCCGGCUGGGUUCUUGAUACAUUUUUAUCGAUCGUCGUACGUGCCAUCAACCAACGUUUUGUCAUGAGAUUGAAAUAGUGUAUUCGAAAAAAAAAAUUCUCCCCUCUUUCGUCGGCUCGGCUGUCACGUGUCAGUCCUCUUCGUCGAGCAAUAAGUACAUCGAUCAGCGAUCAGCUCUUCCUUCAAGCGUGUGUGUUUCCACAGUACAUAACUUGAAGUCCAGGAAUAUGUGUGAAAAAAAAAAAGCAUUAGCGGCGUGUGCAAUCGCCAAAAAAAAAUGGAAGAAAAAAAUAUAAAAAGAAGUUGUUUCCACAGAGUGGUUAGCUAGGUAGCUAUAGCUGUGUAGAUUUACAGGUGGCACGUAUUGCUUGGUGACACGUGUUUUUCUUUCUUUCUUGUAUUUUAUUUUAUUUUCUUUUCUUUUGCCUCGGCCGGCCGGCAGGGGGUGUGGCCCACCGGGAAAGAGUAAGACAGGAGUGUUCGUGCGUUCCAUGAUUACAGGAGUGCGGGUGAAGAAAACCUAAGAAAAAUUAAAAGAAAGUUGUUUCCAUGGAAGGUGUGUGUGUGAUCCUGGGGAGCAAGCUAGGCCAUCCAACUUGCUGGUGUUCAAUUCACGUAUUGUGAUUUUGCAAAGGGGGGAGAUGGAUAGUUCAAAUGGUUCCUAGAUAGCUACUACAGAUAGAAGAACAACUCCCUCUUAAUCGAUCGGCCGGUGUAGAUCUACUAAUGCAUUUUUAGUGUUCAACCCAAAUGUAAGAGUAUGUGACUUAGAUGGAUUAACAUCGAGUUUUUUUUU